UACCUCUGUUUACGUUAAAUAAAAGAACAUACCUAUCAAAUCAAAUGAGUUGACGAUGGAGUCGUCAGCGUUACAGGGCGCAGAGAAUGUUUUCGUGAAGGCUGAGCCCUGUGAGGAUGUGUGUAUAACAGAGAAGCCCUCGAUCGACGAAUUGAUUGUGAAAGAUGAACCUUUGCUGGAUGACGUGUGUGUUAAAGACGAGCCUUCGUGCUCUGAUGAGUGUGUAAAAGACGAGUCGCUCGGUGUGAGCGCGGCGGCGGCGGCGGCGGGGCUGUACACCGACCACGCAGUGAAACAUGAGCUCGUGCUCGGUCCCGUGCUAGUGGAGCGGCGCGUGCGCCACGCACCAACAGCGUCCACUCUCCUCUCCUCUGCUAUGGUGUCGGGUCGGCGCCGCUCGUGCUCGGUCAGGCUGGAGCGCCUGCUGGUGGACGCGGAGCGGCGCACCUGCCGGGUCGGGCGCCGCACAUACAAGCUGCACGCCACCGAGCCCGCACCCACACCCCAUGUCACCACCACCAUCUAUCAAUGUCACCAUUGUGGCAAACGGUUCAGGAACAAGUCGGUUUUGGAGAAACACAUACGCACUCACUUGUCGUUAGGACUGUCGAGUAAUUCCACUCGAGAGAACAUUGCUGUAGAUCGUCAACAAAUGUCACACAAGGAUAGAAAACAUAGCGAUAAACCCUUUAAAUGUAACCACUGUGAUUACAAGGGUACGCUGAAAAAAUACUUAUUAACUCACUUGAUCAUUCACACUGGCGAGAAGCGUUUCAAGUGUAGGUACUGUGACUACAGGAGUCGUUAUAGAGGACACUUACGAACUCACGAGGUGAUACAUAGCGAUGAUAAACCCUUUAAAUGUAACUCCUGUGACUACAAGUGCAACCAGAAAAUAUACUUACGAAAUCACGAGAUGAAACACACGGGCGAAAAGCUUUUCCAGUGUAAUUAUUGUGAGUACAAGUGCAAUCGGAAAACACAUUUACGAAUUCACGAGGUGACACACACGGGCGAAAAGCCUUUCCAGUGUAAUUAUUGCGAAUACAAGUGCAAGCUGAAAAUACACUUACGAACUCACGAGAUGACACACACGGGCGAAAAACCUUUCCAGUGUAAUUAUUGUGAAUACAAGUGCAAUCGGACAACACAUUUACGAACUCACGAGAUGACACACACGGGCGAAAAGCCUUACCAGUGUAAUUAUUGCGGAUACAAGUUCAAUCGGAAAACAAAUUUACGAACUCACGAGAUGACACACACGGGCGAAAAGCCUUUCCAGUGUAAUUAUUGCGAAUACAAGUGCAAGCUGAAAACACGCUUACGAAAUCACGAGAUGACACACACGGGCGAAAAGCCUUACCAGUGUAAUUAUUGUGAAUACAAGUGCAAUCGGAAAACACAUUUACGAACUCACGAGAUGACACACACGGGCGAAAAGCUUUACCAGUGUAAUUAUUGCGAAUACAAGUGCAAUUGGAAAACAACUUUACGAACUCACGAGAUGACACACACGGGCGAAAAUCCUUACCAGUGUAAUUAUUGCGAAUACAAGUGCAAGCAGAAAAUACAAUUAAGGAUUCACCUAAAGAAACACUAAAAGCUCUGAUGCAGGCAUUAUAUAAGCAUUGAAAGUUUUUAAAACUUUACGGGCCUGAUUUAGUUAACGUGUGUUUUAUAGCUCACAAAUGGGUCAAGUCAUACCUAACAAAUAGAAACCAAUAUGUCGAAAUAGAUCACUUUGACCAUAAAACGGGCAUAAUACAAAAAGUGCAGUCAGAAACUCAAGUUAUCACCUCCUCCAUACCGCAAGGCAGUGUAAUCGGCUGCCUCCUAUUUUUAUGUUACAUAAACGACCUUCCAAAAACCAUACAAGAUAAAUCUAUCUUAUUUGCUGACGUCAUCUCAAUACUCACACCCUGACAAUGUACAACCAACUUAAAUUAUAAAAUAAAUAACAUCCUUACUAACGUCGAGAGCUGGAUGCACGAUCACAAUUUAGAAAUAAAUUAUAAUAAAACUAAAUUAAUGACAUUCUACCCCUAUCAGAAAGAAUCAUUGGCAAUCGAUUUCAGCCACAACUCUGUUAAACUAGAAAUAAUUGACUCAUUUUCAUUACUCGGAAUCACUAUAGAUAAAAACAUAUCCUGGAAACCGCACAUAAAUAAUAUUAGAACCAAAUUAUCCACAUUUUCCUAUGCACUUCGCGAAAUCAAAAAAACUACCGACAUUCAAACCGCACUCUCAACAUACUAUGCCUAUGGAUACUCCUGGCUCUGCUAUGGAAUAAUCUUAUGGGGAAAUAGUAGUGAAGCUCCCUCCCUUUUCAUUAAGCAAAAAAAACUGAUACGGAUAAUCGUCAAUAUUGAAGAGCUGGAUAGUUGCAAACCAUACUUUGUAAAAUAUAAAAUACUUACUCUACCCUGCCUUUACAUUUUGGAGACUUGCAAAUUUGUACAUAAAUACACAGAAUUUUACACUAAACGAGGAGACAUACCCUCGUCCUACCCAUCUAGAUACAAUUCAAGAUUGAUGCCACCACCCUCCCGAUUAAAACUACAUUCUAAUGGCCCUUUAAAAAUGUCGAUAAAAUUAUAUAAUAAACUACCUGAAGAAAUUAAAAAAGAAGAAAAAGAAAGUGUUUUUUCAAAUAAACUAAAACAAAUGCUUAUAAGCAAACCUAUUAUUCUGUGAAUGAAUAUUUAAACGACAAAUGAUAAAAUGUCAUUUUUCUGUACAAUAACUAAUAAGCUUGUUACAGUUGUUACCUAGUG